GGCUGGACUAGGGUACAUCCGGCCGCUUUUAGUGCAGGGCAUUCAGGGCUGGCCGGAGCUAACGGGUGCCGGUUUCCACCUCUAUUGCGCCUGUGAUAUAAGAACUACGGAGUAUAUUGCGCUGUAAAAUAAAGGAGACUCUCCGCAAACUAGGCGUGACGGCGAGAUGCUAACGUGACUUUCUAUUGGCAGGGGUUUAGAGUACGACCUAUGCUAAAAUACGGAGUAUAGGAGAAAUCGAUACUUGCACAACUUUUGAAAUUCUUAAACGUAAAGCAAAGAUCGUCGACACAACUGUCGCCCGCACACUUGGGAAGGUCGACAUGUACCGAGACUUUGCGAAAGCCGAGAAUCAGCAAGGACUUGAAAAACAGUUGGCGGGCCUCGAGUCUCUUGCAGGCAGGGUUGUCGCUACCAUCCGAAAGAGGUUUGAGGCUGGGAAUGAGAAUGUCUGGAUAACCCGUCUAGAGCGUGAUACGUUGCGCAAAUUUCUAUUUAUUAUGAAAUACAGGUCCUCGAACAUGUACAAGCGUUUUUGUCCUGAGACUUUCGAGGACUAUUCUGCUGAUGACCGAGAGGAGCUGUUAAAAUACGUACGCGGGAAAGAUUUCGAGAAGCCGAUCGAUGUGUGGUUCGACAACAUCAGAGCUAUGUUAGAACUGGAAAUGGAUCCAGGUGGUAAGUGGAUGGAAGAAAUUAGGAAGCGUGCCUAUCCUGCCGACGCGGAAUGGUUUGUUCACCAUACGCAAAAUAUGUUUAUGGCCUUGUGCACGCCAUCAGAGCAAUAUGAUGAGUUUUUACUGACCGAGAAUGGCUAUGGAAUCCACGAAGGACCAGUGAGUGGUCAGGUGGAUCCUAGCACUGGUAAAUUUACCGCAACAUCCUACACCGAGUACCACGUCUUUGCAGUCAUCUCUCCGAGGUUAAUGAUUGUGCUACGAAGCUUUAUCUUGCCUAAUCCUAUGGAAGACAACUUACAAGGUAUAAGAGAGUUUAGACAGACCGUGUAUCGGAUUUGUGCUAGCACGCAUGUCAAUCCGAAUGAAGAACACUCUAUAUUAGCGGACCUACCGAUAUUGCAGGCUCACAAUUCAUACACGAAGUACAAAAAUGGCAUGCGAGUUUUGCUCAAUGGCGAGGAUGGGAGCCAUCGAAAUGAUCACCGAUUUUGUUUUCGAUUCUUUCCGGUUGCUACUGAUCACGUUGACAAGAUCAAUGGUAUUAUGCUCGAGGAGUCCUACGGCAUAUCUACGAUAGUCUUUGGAUCUCGCACCGGAGCUCGGAAGAUAUUCGAAUCCUAUCUGAGCGCCGUUCCUCUUGUAGAAUCUGGUUUUAAGACUGUGAACGGCAAGCCAGACGACCCCAGGUUGAUUUUUCUCCAAAAACUGGAGCAUGUCGCUAAGCAGAUGGGUUCUAAUGUUGUGGCCGUCUAUCGCACAAGAAAUAAUGCGCCUACGGAAGAGGAGGAAUACGAAGCAGUCGCUCGGAUGAUGGAACUUACCCCCCCCGAGGAAAGGGGUGAGCAUAUGCAACUCUAUAUGCGACUUGGUGGGUCCUAUGCGGCAUUGAUGAAGGACUUAGAGCAGGCCCGGAACAUGUUGAAUAUGAGAAUUAAAUUCGACGUUUGGUCUACGGGGCUAAAUGAGCGUUUCCGGAAUGAUAUCCGCGAGAAUCUCCAGAAAAUAUUCAGCCAGCUCCCUGUGUGGCGACUCUGGUAUUAUCUCAAGCAGGUGCGGAAUAUGGUACUACGAGGUCGUUCUAUAGAGGGAGGUGUCAUUGCUGAUGGGCCGGAGGACGUGAUCGCAAAAGUGAGCCAUGUGAUCCGCAACGAGGCCAUAGCUCGUCUUAUGUUCGCUGUUGUGCUUAAUCAAAUAUCCCUCGUGAAUCAUCCAGACCUUGAAUUCUACCCCACGAUCAUCUCCCCUCGUGAAUCAUCCAGACCUUGAAUUCUACCCCACGAUCAUCUCCGAAGCCUCGUG